UGUUGGCAAAUGUAGCUUUCAGAGCUUUCGAUACAUUUUUGUUCGAGCACAGCGAGUAAAUAUACGAAUUAUACAUGGCCCCUCCGAAUCAAGUUCGGUGUCCAUUGUAGAAUUUGAGGGCGCUUAUAAAUUCUGAGCCUGUUCCAAUUUGCCUACGUUCGGGAAUAUUACGUCAAAAUUUUAGGGCAUUUUGUCGAAUGUUUUGAUUUUGUUAUCGUUUGCUUCGUAUUUGUGUAUUCGGCGCGACCACAGGUAUGUUUCCUGGAGCCAAGACCAUCGCCCUAAGACGGGAAUUGGACGCCAUAUCCAUGUUCUACGAAGAGCGCUCGCAGGCCCAUUGUCGGAAGCAGUUCAAAGUGGUCCAGUACCCAAGGCCAGGUCAAUGUUUCGUCUUCCACGGAAUGAUUCCUCUGGCAUGUGAGCACUUUUCCAUAAACUUCCUCUCCAAACAGCCAGAUCAGCUAUACGAUGUGCUGCUGCAAGUAGGUGCACGACUGCCUCAAAACUAUAUUACACGCAACUCACGCAUCCGGGGGAUGUGGGGUCCCUCCGAGAGUUCGUCGAACCUAAGUUUUCAGUUGAGCCGAGGCAAGUCCUUUUGGAUGCAGAUCCUGCUCACGGAGAAUGUUUUCUUUAUCGCAGUGAAUGGUUACCAUUUUGCGACAUAUACGCACCGUAUGCACUACAGGUGGUUGGAAGCUGUAACGGUAGUUGGCGAUGUCACCGACCUAGUCAUCAAUAGCCACUGCGUGUCCGAGUAUCCUGUCCGUCUGACGCACUCCAUGCCCAAAACGUUAAGGGCCACUUACAAACCUGAGACAGCCGGAUAUCUAACAGACGACGGAGAUGGCGAGGAAAACGACAUGUUUUUCCUGUCGGCCAUGAUUUCGGAGAAAGAGUUCCGCAAAGGUAUCGCCCUUCCCUUCUACGGGAAGGUUCCGAAAGGAUUUUCCCUGGAUGAAGGAAACGCCCUGCGGAUCGAGGGUCGCGUCUGCUUGAUGCCCCAAAGCUUCAGCGUCGCUCUUCAGAAGGGACAGGAGAUUUGGCCCCAGCCCACAGUAUCAUUUUACUUCAGUCCCAUUUUCCUGCGGAGCAAGCGUGACAAGAUCGGCAAGGCUGUGAUUAAACGGGGCGCCUAUCAAAAUGGGGAUUGGGUGAACUGCCAGGAGUCGCGCUUGAACACAACCCUCAGGCCAGGCGGUGCUUUCGUAAUCGUGAUUGUGUGCCGCAAUGGUUACUACGAACUAUUCGUAAACACGAAGUUGAUGCUCGAAUUCAAACAUCAAAUGAACCCGGCAUGCGUCGACAUUGUAAACAUCAGGGGCGACGUGAACCUCUGGGAGGUGGUCAUUGAGGACAGCAAGAAUAAGCCAAAGCUCAAAGGUCGUACUGCUAUGGAGCGUGCUUUUGAACGCUGGCGGCGCUCGGAGAAGUAAAGUAUCUGUGUACCCCUCCAGAUCAAUUAAUAUGCUGCUGUUUGGAAAUGCAACCUGUCAAAAGACAUGUUCUACAAAUUUAUAAGGGUCACGUCGACUUCGUUGCAUUUAUUUGGCCCGGCUGGACGAGGAUGGGGGAACAGACAGGCGCAGGACUGCAAUGAUACCCAAACGCCUGCCUGCCACUUACUGUGUGCGCAGAUUUAUGAUUUCAUCUCUACCAAACGCACACGCAUGCUCACCGAGUAUUUUGCGAUUCUGCAAUUAAAAUAUAAGUGCGCCGCAGAGCAUGGCCUAGGGCACUGCGACGCGCUCCAACUCAUAAAUGUCAAUGUGUUGUCGUCAUCAACUGAGCUGGAGCCAGAGUCAGAGCCAGGACCAGGACCAGAGCCAGAGCAGAGCCUGAGCGUCUGCCCAUAAGUAGCGCGGACGCCAAAGCAGAAGCCGCUGCUUGAUAUUGAAGGGCCUCGGAAAUUGAUUAUUAAAAAUGAUAAUCGAUUAAGGACACAGCAUGGCCGGGCUGGCCAGAGUCGUCACUGGGCAUGCUGGGCUGUCCUGAAUUGAUGUUUAUGUCUACAUGUGUUUCUGAAGACAGUUGACAUUGUUUUGUCAUGGCCGGCAAAAAGCAGCAGCAGCAGCAAAAUAAGCCAGGCCGAAAUCGUCCAGCCUGCAAAUAUUUCCCAAGGCUUGCCAAAGGAAGUAGCAAGCGUCUGCCAAGAAAAAAGUAUUAUUUAUGGUUCAAGUUCGUACGUGUCACGCAUGCCUCGAACCAUUUUGCUAAUGAAGUGGAUUACUGAUGCGACUGUGCCUCCAAAUUAGGUUUUCAUUUCGGUUGCCUUAUGGCCUGCAUAACAUACACACAAACACAUAUUUUUCAUUCGUACAUUUUUCAACAGAUGCCCAUAUACAA